GCCACAGGCACCAUGGCUCCCAAGAAGAAAGGAGGGCGUAAGAAGGAAGAGCCCCCCAAGGAACCCGAGAUAGACGAAAACAUUGUACCGGAGCACAGCCGGGAAUUUUACUUGAUUCAGAUCCGAGAUCUGGAAGGGCGGCUGUCCCGAUACCAGAAGAAAUGGGACGAGCUGCAAGUGAGUGAAGACCUCUUCCGGACUGAAUACGAGAAGAUGAUCGCAGACAACAAGGAGAUCGUGGCCUUCCUGAAGAAGACGCUCAACCAGCGCGUGGACGAGAUCGCGGAUCUCACUUACCAGCUGCAGAGCCUGCAGCUGGCCAAGGACUCGGAGAAGGACGCCUUCGAAGCCCAGCUGGCCCAGCUGCGGCACGAAUUCCAAGAGACCAAGGACGUGCUCACCUCGGAGAACAUGACCCUAAGUGGCAAGCUGGCUGCUCUGGAGGAAUUUCGGAUCCAGAAAGACGAGCUCAUGGCCAGGUUUUCCGACCUUGAGAGUCAACUGAUGCAACAGGAGGAGAAUCAUAAGGAAUACAUUUAUAACCUGGAGAAGAAGGCUGUGAUUGACAAGGAGCGGCUGAAGAAAGAGAUGCUCCACCGGGUGAAUGCCGUCGCAGCCGAGUUCCGGAAGGUCUCCAACAACCAGAUGGCGGAGACCACCAAGCGCACCGUCCGGGAGAACGUCACCAUCAGCGUCCAGCUGACGAAGAUAACGGAGCAGAGCCUCCAACUCAUCCAAGAGAAUGACCGACUGAAGGAGGCCCUUGCCGAGGCCCGGAAGCACCUGGCGUUGCUGGAGCAAAAUGAGAAGAGGAUGGCCAAAACCAGUGUCAGCAAUCAGAAGAUGAUCUGGAUGCUUACUGGCAAGUGCAAAGAGCUCCAGCAGCAGGUGGAUGAAUACGUGCGGAUGAAGGUGGUCAUGGACCACACCCAGGAGGCCAACGAACUGCUGGAGCAGCAGAACCUGGCGCUCAGAGAGGAGCUGAGCAUGCAGAAGGACAAGUUGGCGUGCAAAAUGACUGAGGAGCAGGACCAAGCAAAAGCCCUCGAGGACGAACAGCAGCAGAGGAGGACUGCCGAGAGGGUCCUCAAACACACCGCCCAGGGCCUCAAGGAAGUGCUGGCGGACCGGCCGUUGGACGAGGAGGAGGAGGAUGGCGACUUCGACGUGAUCUUCCAGCUGCGGCGCAAGGACGCCCUGCAGGGCCUCCUCAACCUGCUGAACCGAAGCAUCGCGCGCAUCGAGGCCAACGAGGCCCUUCGGCCUUUCCUGCUGGAGAGCAAGGCGGCCAAACUGUCGGGCGUGAUGGAAAGGUCUUCCAGCGAGUGGCGCACCAAGGCACCUCCCACCAUGUCGCACUGCAACAUCUACAAGGCAGUGAAGCCUCGGCCCACCCACAGCAUGCCCUCCCUGAACGCGAUCUCCCGGGCCCGAGUCGACACGCUUCGCCCCUACUUGAGUGCCAAGGAGCCCUUAAUCUCGUUGUGGAAAGCGGAAACGGAAGACAAAGAGGUCGGGCCGCAAGAGGAACCCCCCGAGAAGGAGUGCAGCCUGCCGGAGACGGUGAUGGAGCGGGUCUCCCACGAGCUGCUCGGGAAGUAGGGACAGAA